AUGUCUGGCUACGGCGAUUACAACAACAACCAGGGCUACAACCAGGGUGGCUACGGCCAGCAGGGUCAGGGUUACCCCCAGCAGGGCUAUGGUCAGCAGGGCGGCUACGGCCAGGACAACUAUGGCCAGCACCAGCAACACCAGCAGCAGGGUCAGGGUUCUUCCAACGACUACUACUCUGGAUCCCAACAGCCCCAGCAUGGUCAGCAGCAGGGCUACGGCCAGCAGCAACAGCACCAGUACGGCGGCGAGCAACAGGGUUACAACCAGGACUACAACCGCUCUGGAUAUGAUCAGCAGCAGGCUCCCGGCCAGGCACAGGAUGGCGAGCGUGGUCUCGCUGGUGCCCUCGCUGGCGGUGCCGCAGGUGGUUUCGCUGGCCACAAGGCCAACCACGGCAUCCUCGGAACAAUCGGUGGAGCCAUCAUCGGCAGCAUCGCUGAGGACGCUCUCAAGAAGCACAAGCGCGAUGCCAGCCCCGGUGGUCACCCCGGCGGUCCCUACGGUGGUCCCCCUCCCAGCCACAACGGCAGCAGCGGUGGCAUGAUGGACCAGCUCGGCGGCUUCUUCAAGAAGUAA